AUGCGCAGGCCCUUGGUGCCGUUGCGCAAGGUGUCCCAGGUGCCACAGGCUCAGGUCACUUCCCGGUCGCUGCGCAGGCUGGUGCCGUUGCGCAAGGUGUCCCAGGCGCCACAGGCUCAGGUCACUUCCCGGUCGCAGCGCAGGCUGGUGCCGUUGUGCAAGGUGUCCCAGGUUCCGCAGGUUCAGGUCACUUCCCGGUCGCUGCGCAGGCUGGUGCUGUUGCGCAAGGUGUCCCAGGUGCCACAGGCUCAGGUCACUUCCCGGUCCCAGCACUGGCUGGUGCCGUUGCGCAAGGUGUCCCAGGUGCCACAGGCUCAGGUCACUUCCCGGUCGCUGCGCAGGCUGGUGCCGUUGCGCAAGGUGUCCCAGGUUCCGCAGGUUCAGGUCACUUACCUGUCGCAGCGCAGGCGGGUGCCGUUGCGCAAGGUGUCCCAGGAACCACAGGUUCAGGUCACUUCUCGGUCCCAGCACUGGCUGGUGCCGUUGCACAAGGUGUCCCAGGUUCCGCAGGUUCAGGUCACUUCCCAUUCUCAGCGCAAGCCGGUGCCGUUGCGCAAGGUGUCCCAGGUGCCACAGGCUCAGGUCACUUCCCGGUCGCUGCGCAGGCUGGUGCCGUUGCGCAAGGUGUCCCAGGUGCCACAGGCUCAGGUCACUUCCCGGUCGCAGCGCAGGCUGGUGCCGUUGCGCAAGGUGUCCCAGGUUCCGCAGGUUCAGGUCACUUCCCGAUCGCUGCGCAGGCUGGUGCUGUUGCGCAAGGUGUCCCAGGUGCCACAGGCUCAGGUCACUUCUCGGUCCCAGCACUGGCUGGUGCCGUUGCGCAAGGUGUCCCAGGUUCCGCAGGUUCAGGUCACUUCCCUGUCGCAGCGCAGGCUGGUGCCGUUGCGCAGGGUGUCCCAGGUGCCACAAGCUCAGGUCACUCCCCGGUCGCUGCGCAGGCUGGUGCCGCUGUGCAAGGAGGUGUCCCAGGUCAAGGUCUCCCACCAGCGCUGCAACAAUAGUGUGCAUGUUGCGCAGCCUUUCCUGACGACCACUGACCUUGAGUGCUUCCUUGUGCAAAAGCCCAUUCACGAGCUCGCCCUGUACACUGAUGGCUCCUAUGACCCACGCACUGGGAUAGCUGCCUGGGCUGUCUGCGCGUUGGCACGUCAAGCGCACGGUUGGUGCUUCGUUGGUUUUGCCGCCAAUGCUCUCCCUGAUGAGCACAAAACAGAGGUAGGACAGCAAGGUCUCUCCCAUCAAGCUGAGCUUUAUGCGCUUGCUGCUGCGUUGGUCCUGGUAGGUUCGGUUGCAGACAUACCAGCCAGCAUCGGUUAUGAUGCCAAAGCGGCAGCGACGAUUGCGCAGGCCAUAGCUUGGCCCAAGCAGUCUGAUCGGCUGUCUGUGAGGCACUAG